AUGACAACCAGGCCUUCUACAUUACGGCAAUUGCUCAGAAAUUCCCAAGAGUUUGGCAACUGUUUAAAUCCAUUACUUGAGGAAUCGUUACCAUUAGUGCUGCCAAACACCAAAUCCAAAACAUUAUUCCUUUCUUCCCUUUUGAUCGUCCCCAAGAAACCAGACGUGACACGCUGUACUUUUAAGAGCAACUUCCCCAAACCCCGAGUUGCGAAGCCUGAUAGAAAACCAUUGACUACUCGAAUCCCAUACAAACCGUCAAAAUGCUCUCAAGCGGUUGGUGCAACCGACGAAAACUCAAGCCCCCCACCGACAUCAAGUAUUGAAGCGAAGGAGGUGUAUUUAAGCUACAACGAUUCAAACACACCAAAAUACGUCGGUAAGUUUUUUAACGUGAUGGUUGGUAAUCGAUUAAAGCGACAAUGCAAAUAUUGUCACUUGCAAUAUGCCGAUUUAAAGGGAUUCAAUCGACAUUACGAAAAGAAGCAUGUGAGAUGA